GAGAAGUAUCAUGUGGAAGUUAAUUUUCGUCGCUUUGGUCGCUUUGGCGACAGCUGAGAAAGUAAGGUACGACAACUACAAGGUGUUCCGUGUCGUACCCCAGACGGAAGAACAGGUGGAAGUCAUACGCAACUUGGAAGAAGUUUCUGAUGCGUUCUCUUUCUGGAAAGAGCCAAACGCCGUCCAGCGCCCCGCGGACGUGAUGGUUGCCCCACACAGAAUCCCCGACUUCCACGAGACCAUGAAAAUGUUCAACAUCCCCUACGACCUCUACGUCAGCGACGUUCAAAAUUUGAUCGACAGUGAAAUGCCACCAGCUCAACCUUUGGCUACGUUCGACUUGAACCGCUAUCAUACGCUCGAUGAAAUCUACGCUCAUUUGGACGAUCUGGCCAAAGCAAACCCCGGCAAGGUGCAAGUGAUCGUCGGUGGAAAAACGUACGAGGGUCGUCAAAUCAAAGGAGUGAAAGUGUCCUUCGGUAAGGCCAAACACGGAGUCGUGUUGGAGGCUGGAAUCCACGCUAGAGAAUGGAUCGGACCGGCUACCAUUCUGUACAUGCUCAACGAGCUUCUAACCAACAAGAAUGCCGAUGUCAGGACACUCGCUGAAUCUCACGACUGGUACAUCUUCCCUGUCGCCAACCCCGACGGAUACGUAUACACUCACACGACCAACCGUUUGUGGAGAAAGACUCGCAAACCAUACGGUAUCUUGUGCUACGGAAGUGAUCCUAACAGGAACUGGGGAUACAAAUGGAUGUCUGGUGGUGCCAGCAAUCAACCAUGCUCCGAAACUUACGCUGGAAGCUCUGCAUUCUCCGAUGUUGAAACGAAAAGUCUAUCGCAAUAUUUAACGUCGAUCUCUAGCAAAUUCUCUGCCUACAUUGCUUUCCACAGCUACUCUCAGCUUCUAAUGUUCCCCUAUGGCCACACCAAACAGCAUUUGGAAAAUUACGAUGACUCUCUGCAAAUCGGUAAGAAAACGAUCCAAGCUCUUGCUAAGCGCUACGGAACCAAAUACGAGACCGGAAACAUCGCCGAAACCAUUUAUGUCGCGAGCGGAAGUUCAAUGGAUUGGGUGAAGGGAACAUUCCACAAACCAGUCACCUUCACCUACGAAUUACGUGACACUGGUCGCCAUGGUUUCGUGCUUCCAGCUGAUCAAAUCGCCCCUACCGCGUUGGAAACCUUGGACUCUUUAGUCGCCAUGUUCAAGGAAGCUAAAGCUCGAGGAUACGAAUAAGCUACAGACUGCAGAAUAAACUACAAACAAGAUUAAUCGAUAUAAAUAAACGAACGAAUUAGAACGAAUUAUGUAUAACGAAUAUUAAUUAUUAAUUUUUUUUAAUAUAUCUA